AUGUUCUCCACCCUGAGGAAGUUCUUCUGCUUUAAGAAAGAGCCAAAAACUCCCUUGGGGUUUUGUGAUGGCCCGAGCAGCGGAAAGGGGAGCUUGUCGUGUUGUGACUGUGGGACAAAGGAUAGGUACCAACAGCCUUAUGACCCAGAAAAUAAAUUUCAUGAAGCUGUGUGUCAAGGAAGGAUCAAAGUGGUGCUGAAGCUCCUUUCUAGGAAGAAGUUUGACGUAAAUGACAAGGAUAAAAGGGGACGAACCGCACUCCACUUCGCCUGUUUUUAUGGUCAUCUGCAUCUGGUUUAUUUCCUUUUACAUAAUGAAUGCGACGUAAAUGAACUUGAUGAUCAAAAGUCCACACCACUAAUGAAGGCUGUACAAAGCUGGGAGACAAAAAUUGUUUCUGUGCUCCUUGAUAACGAAGCAAAUCCCAAUAUUAAAGAUUCCAAGGGAGAAACAGCAUUACAUCAUGCAGUAUAUGUAGACAGGCCUGACAUUGUCACCAUUCUUCUUAAAUUUGGGGGAAACAUUGAAGAAACUACAAAGGAUGGAUUCACCCCUCUGCUGCUAGCACUUCGAGAAAGGAAACUCCUCAUGUCAGAACAUUUAAUAGCUCAUGGUGCAAAUGUUUAUGCAUGUGAUGGUUUUCUAAGAACAACACUCAUGUAUGCAGUUAAAUGGGAUUCUGAAGAAAUUGUUGAGAUUUUACUGAAGAAAAAUGUUGAUUACUCCUUAAAGGAUAUCUUCGGAUGGAACGCACUGCAGUAUGCCAUGGCAGGAAAGCGCAAAGUAAAGAGUAUAAUUUUGGAGUAUGAGGACUCACUAUUCUCAAGUCAACACAGUGUCUUCGUAGGUAAGUCUUCUUCAGUUUCUUUCUCCAUAGUUCUUCCUUAGAGAGAUUGGAGUAAGACUGCUCUGAUUUUCUGUAAUAGGAUAUCAUUUGGGAAUAUGCUCAUGAGUAGUAUAGCGGGAUUUUAGGGUACAUCUACUCCCAGGUUCCGGAAGAACUGCCGCACUGCGUUCCCUAGUGGCUGUACAAGUUUGCACUCCCACCACCAGUGGAUGAGGGUUCCCCUUACUCUACAU